UCCCAAGAAUGCAAUAAAUAAUAAAUUAAAAUUUCUAAGCUAAAAUCUUUUAGUUUUCAGUUUUUGACACGAAUCGGACAUGUAUAAGAAAACUAUUUAUUAUUUCUGACACCUCUAUAUAAUAAUAACCACAAUAACUCUUACCACAGUGGCACAAAAUAGAGGGAAAACAAAAAAUAGGGAAAUGAUGAAAAUCUUCUUAGUGGUGGCAAUACCCGCCCUUCUCAUUAGCCUCACGAAUUUUUCCGGUGAGAGUCCAAAACAUGGAGAAUCAUUGUUGACUGUUCAUUUCCCUGAAUUCCAUCUGAUUCCGACCACCGGAGCUUUGGGACCGGAGAGUUUCGUUUUCGAUUUCUCCGGCGAAGGUCCUUACACCGGUUUAUCUGACGGUAGAAUUGUUAAGUGGUUAGCUAACGAGAGCCGUUGGAUCGAUUUCGCCGUCACCACCCCAUCAAGAGAAGGUUGUGAGGGCCCGCACGAGCACCAUCGAACGGAACACGUGUGCGGACGACCAUUGGGCCUGGUCUUUGAAAAAUCUUCUGGUGAUCUUUAUAUCGCCGAUGCUUAUAUGGGCCUUCUAAAAGUUGGCCCAGAAGGUGGCUUAGCGAACCAGAUGCUGACACAUCAGCUGGAGGAGCCUCUUACGUUUACAAACGGAGUGGAUAUCGAUCCACGGACCGGAGUUGUCUACUUUACCGAUAGUAGUUCGGUUUAUCAACGGAGGAAUUAUAUAGGGGCGAUGAUGAGUGGGGACAGAACCGGUAGACUGAUGAAGUACGACCCAAAUACGAAACAAGUGACCACUCUUCUAAGCAACCUAGCGUUCCCAAACGGCGUCGUUCUCAGCCAAAACGGUGAUUACCUUCUCCUGGCCGAUACUGCCACGUGUCGGAUCCUACGUUACUGGCUGAACGAUACGUCGACGACGCCUAAGUCUCGCGAGAAGUACGAGAUUUUCGCGGAGGGGCUCCCAGGGUUUCCCGACAACAUAAAGAGGAGUCCACGUGGAGGAUUCUGGGUAGGCGUGAACACCAAACACUCAAAGCUGACAAAGUUCGCCAUGUCGAACGCGUGGCUAGGUCGGGGCGCUUUGGGCCUGCCGGUGGACUGGAUGAAGGUCCAUUCGUAUUGGGCCAAGUACAAUGGGAAUGGGAUGGCCGUGAGGUUAAGCGAAGGUAGUGGCGAAAUAUCAGAGGUAUUCGAGGGUAAAAAUGGAAAUAAGUGGAUGUCCAUAAGUGAGGUGGAAGAGAAAGACGGAACUCUAUGGGUUGGAUCGGUGAAUACUCCUUUCGCUGGCAUGUAUAAAAUCUAGACUUUCAUUGGUGAUCUACUUGGAAGAUCAUUUAAACAUACUUUUUUUCAAACAUACUUUUUUUCAAAAAGAAAUGCAUUUUGUUUUUAUAUUGAAGAAAAAAGUGAAAUUUGUUCAUUUACUUCGGAGUAACUUUUCAUAUUUAUUUUAAAACUUUUCUUCACUCAUUUUCUCUU